AUGGCGGAGAAAGGCAACGAAGGGAGGCGGAGGCGAGCCAUGCGCUUCGGAUUCGGCCUGGAACCGGUGUCUGAGGUGCUUUUCCCGAGUGCAGCGGCCUUGGGGUCGCUUUGCCUGCAGGGCCCCGGGCCUCAGAGCAGUCAGAGCAGAUGCCCGGCCACCCGCCCGCACGGCCGUUUGGCCCUGCAGGCGGAGCUUUCGGCUGGUCUUCGAGGCGACGACGCGAGCGAGAAGUCGAGAAGUCGAGAAGCGGGCGGUCGCGCAGAGGUGACGGCGGAGGUUCCCAAGGAGGAGAACUUCGCCCAGGAGCGGAGGGCGGCGUGGGGCGGCCGGGUGGGCAUCGCCAGGGUCGGAGCUGACGAGGCGGAUGGUUUUCAGGAAGCGACGGCAGAGUCCAAGCUCUCCGCGAGGAUCCCGGGAGAAUUUCAGAGUCUGAGCUUUCUUUUGCUCUUGGUUGGGGGCACGAAGCAGAGCCCAGCCUCACAGAGGGUGCUGUGGCGUUGA